AUGGCGUACACUAGGAAAGAGCUUGUCACGGCUGGAAGCAUCAUUUAUCUCGUUGUCAUCACCGCAUUAGCCAGCUACGCAACCUCACGCGCCAACCACCUCGCCCUUCCCAUCCCCCGUACUCUCUCCGGCUUCACCGCUGCUCUCCCCCUCAUAUCCGGCCUCCUCAUCCAAGUCAGCCACUACCUGUCCGACCAACACCUCAAACGCCAAAAGUCCCUGCUCUCCAAAUCUCCACCGCCACCCUACAUCGUCGUCAUCAACACGGUCAUCCUGAUCUACUCCUCUGUCCUAAUCAGCUUGCUUGGCACCCACGUUGCCCCGGCCUCUGACCUUCUCUGCGGCCUCGAAUCCCGGUGGCGAGCGCUACGUUCAGCUAAGAAUGGCGAUGUGAUUAAGGAGAUUCAGAAUGCGCUGCAGUGUUGCGGACUCAUGAAUUCGCAUGACCGCGCGUGGCCGUUCCCGGAUAAGACGCAUGGUAUUGAUGCGUGUGAGGUGAGGUAUGAGAGGAAUGUUGGGUGCAUUGGGAGAUGGAAGGGCGAAGAGCAACGAUUGGCUGGGCUGUUGAUGGGAGUAGUGGGGUUCGUGGUUGUGUGGGAGCUGCUCAUCAUCGUCAAUCCUCGACUACGCCGCCCCUCCUGGCUUCACAGCGUCCUCCCUGACCGACUAAAAAUCACGAAUGGCGAUGAGGAGCAGCAGAACACGACGGAUCCGCGACGCGCGAUUGACUUCUUAUCGGCUGGAGGGCGCUAUUCCGAUAAUCCUGUUGCGGAGGCGAGCGACAGCGAGGACGACGAGACCACAGAUGCGCCGCGAAGGAGCAUUGAGGGGCAGGUCGCGGAACUGUUCCCAACUGCGACGUCGUCUGAAGGGGAACAGGAACAUGGUGGGCAUGUUGAGAAUGCUUGGGUGGGGAAUUGA